AUGUGUAACAGACGACUGGAUGAACCAUCGGAAACGAAAACCGAAGGAGAAUCUGCGCAGGAGUUAACAAGGAUAUAUCUAUCAUGCCUCUAUUCCCAUUUUAUCAGCGUCCUAGAGGGCAAGUUGUCACCAAGCGUAGUUCAAUCGACGCCAAUGGACGUUGUUGUCACCGUUCCAGCAAUUUGGUCCAAUAGUGCAAAGCAAGAAACAGAGAAGGCGGCAUCGCUGGCUGGUUUUGGCGGAGAGCAAAAAAUUAAGCUUAUAUCAGAACCUGAAGCGGCAGCUCUGUAUACUGUCAAAUAUUUGAGCCCAUCUGUCUUACAAACUGGCCGAAAAUUUGUCGUAUGUGACGCUGGGGGAGGUACGGUAGAUCUCAUAACAUAUGAAGUAGCUAAAGUUCAGCCGCUCCAGAUGAGAGAGGUCACGGAGGGCACUGGGGGAAAAUGCGGGUCCUCAAUGCUCAACAUGCGAUUUCGACGAUAUUUGAAGCAAAUACACGGAGAUAAAUAUUGGACAGAUGAGCGCCUUGUUGUUGCGUUGAGCGAGUUUGAAGCAUUCAAAAGGGAUUUUUCUCCAAAGGGUGAACCUCUUACACUGAAAGUCGAUCCAUCUCUCGGCCUCAAACGUGAUCGAUUCACGAUAUCGCAAGACGAUAUGGCCACUAAGAUAUGGGAUCCGAUUAUGAAAGACAUUAUUUGUUUGAUAAAGGAGCAAAUCUCAAUGGCAGACGAAAAAGUUGCGGCAGUCGUACUAGUUGGCGGGUUCGGACAGAACGCAUAUCUAAGGUCCCGAGUUCGCGAAGUUAUCGCUUCUAGAGUGCGGGUGCUUCAGCCAGAGAAUGGUGUUACUGCAGUGGUCAAAGGAGCCGUCAUCUAUGGUCUAGGAAAUUACCAGCCUGCAAUGGCUUUAGUAGGCAUCGCAUCUCGGGUCGCCAGGCGAUCGUACGGUACCUGCCUUUUGACGAAAUACGACCCGACAAAGCAUAACCGUGAUGAAGCCUUCUGGUCGGAGAAAGAAGAAGGUUGGGUCGUCGUUGAGAUGUGUUGGUUCAUCCGCAAGGGUCAAUCGUAUCCCGAUGAUAAGCCUUCAAAGAUUGAAUAUCAAUGCGAUAUACCCGUAUUUAUGGGACAUAAGCCGCAAGCCGACAUCGAGAUAUUUAGCAACGACGAUGAUCUUGACGCACCCAUACACGUCAGCGGCACAACGAAGAGAGUAGCCACGCUAUUUCUCGAUCUGCAUAAAAUAACAAAAUCAGCAAAGUCAUCAGCUAAAAAGAAGAAAAUGGGAUGGCAUCGAUAUUAUUGCUUGACAGGCGUGAUCGAGGCAAACUAUGGAUCAGCCAUGAUAACAUAUACCCUGAAACUCGGAGGUCUGUAUAUUCUCCGCUCUUCGUCAAAACACUCGUUUGAGCUCCAAAUCGGAUCUAACAUUAAUACAGGAGUAACACACGACGUCAUUAGGGUGCGAUAUGAGUAA